AUGAAGAGACCCUCCUCCUCCGCUGCCGCCAUUUCUCCCCUCCCUUCUCCUUCCUCGUCGUCGCAGCCCCUCUUCCUCCUCCUCCUCCACCCGUGGCCGCCGAGACCAUCCCGCCACCCGCACCUCCUCCUCCCCCUGGGCCGACCUCCCGGCCGUCGACGACGGCCCCCUGGGCCUCCCCUUCCUCUACAUCACACAGCAGUCCCUCGCCGCCGCCCGGAUCCUCCUCCUCAUUCCGGUCUCGACCUCGCAGCCUGCGACGAGGCGGCCGUCUGCGUCGCGGUGGUCGCGGCCUGGCGCUGCUUCGGGGACGGCGGACUCGACGCCCUCGUCAACUGCUCCUCCUACGACGGGGAAGUGCAAGACUGCCUCAGCGUAUCUGAAGAUGAGUACAACAAGACCAUGAAAGUCAAUGUAAUCACACCUUGGCUUCUGAUAAAGGCGAUGGCGAAGCGGUUCCGGGACGCGCAGUCCGGCGGUUCCGUCGUGUGCUUGACCCAGAUCAUCGGCGCCGAGAGAGGAUUGUAUCCAGGGGCUGCAGCAUACGCCACGAAUUUAGGCGUUGUUCAUCAGCUCGUCAGACUGUCGGCGAUGGAGCUCAGCAAGCACAAGAUCAGGGUGAACGCCGUGUGCCACGUCCUGCACCUGGGGGACAAGUUCCCUGUCUCUGUUGGGGAGGAGAAGGCCGAGAAGGCGACCGGGGAGGAGAUGCCGCUGCGGCGGUGGCUGGACCCGGACAAGGACCUGGCGUCCAUGGUGUUGUACCUGGUCGGCGACGAAGGGAGUAGUUUUUUUCUUCUUUUAAAAAUACAUGUUGCAACAUUACUGCCUUUGUGGUCGGUCUCCAUUGUGUAUACCAUGAUCGGGGACGUCUGCCUGUACAUUGUUGGCAAGGAUGAAUAUGAUGAGCUUGCUCGUGAGUGUCAUUGA